UCGUGUCAGCUCCUGCCAGCUCCCACCCACAAACCGGCCCGUUGCGGAGCUGCAGCCGCUCCAGCCAUGGUCCCCAGGCGCCCUUCCAGCCUAGAGGUCACGGUCGUCUGCAUCUGGCUCCUCACGGUUAUUCUAGGCUUGUGCAUAUCCUUCAACGUUGAUGUGAAAAAUUCAAUGAGUUUCAGUGGCCCAGUGGAGGACAUGUUUGGAUACACUGUUCAACAAUAUGAGAAUGAAGAAGGCAAAUGGGUGCUUAUUGGUUCUCCUUUAGUUGGCCAACCCAAAGCAAGAACGGGCGAUGUCUACAAGUGCCCCGUUGGGAGAGAGAGAUCAAUGCCUUGUGUGAAGCUGGAUUUACCAGUUAACACAUCAAUUCCCAAUGUCACAGAAAUAAAAGAAAAUAUGACAUUUGGAUCAACUCUAGUCACCAACCCAAAUGGAGGAUUUCUGGCAUGUGGGCCCUUGUAUGCCUAUAGAUGUGGGCAUUUGCAUUAUACAACAGGAAUAUGCUCCAAUGUCAGCCCUACAUUUCAAGUUGUGAACUCCUUUGCUCCUGUGCAAGAAUGCAGCACUCAGCUGGACAUCGUCAUCGUCCUGGAUGGCUCCAACAGCAUCUACCCCUGGGAAAGUGUCACCGCUUUUCUAAACGACCUUCUUAAGAGGAUGGAUAUUGGCCCUAAGCAGACACAGGUUGGAAUUGUACAGUAUGGAGAAAAUGUAACCCAUGAGUUCAACCUCAAUGACUAUUCAUCGACAGAAGCAGUUCUUGCUGUGGCCAACAAAAUAGGCCGGAGACGUGGUCUGCAGACGAUGACAGCCCUUGGAAUAGACACAGCCAGGAAAGAAGCAUUCACUGAAGCUCGGGGUGCCAGGAGGGGAGUUAAGAAAGUCAUGGUUAUUGUGACUGAUGGAGAAUCACAUGACAACUACCGGCUGAAACAGGUCAUCCAGGACUGUGAGGAUGAAAACAUCCAGCGAUUUUCCAUAGCCAUCCUUGGCCACUAUAACAGAGGGAACUUAAGCACUGAAAAAUUUGUGGAGGAAAUAAAAUCAAUCGCAAGUGAGCCCACUGAAAAGCACUUCUUCAAUGUCUCCGAUGAGCUGGCCCUGGUCACUAUUGUUAAAGCGCUGGGAGAAAGGAUAUUUGCCUUGGAAGCUACAGCUGACCAGUCAGCAGCUUCGUUUGAAAUGGAAAUGUCUCAGACUGGCUUCAGUGCUCAUUAUUCACAGGAUUGGGUCAUGCUUGGAGCAGUGGGUGCCUAUGACUGGAACGGAACUGUGGUCAUGCAGAAGGCCAACCAUAGUGUCAUCCCUCGGAAUACCACCUUUCAACCUGAGCCUGCCAAAAUGAACGAACCUCUUGCUUCUUACUUAGGUUACACAGUGAACUCUGCCACUGUCCCUGGAGAUGUGCUCUACAUCGCUGGUCAGCCUCGGUACAAUCAUACAGGCCAGGUUGUCAUCUACAGGAUGGAGGAUGGGAGCAUCAGCAUUCUCCAGACACUCAGUGGAGAGCAGAUCGGUUCCUACUUUGGCAGCGUCUUAACAACAAUUGACAUUGACAAAGAUUCUUACACCGACCUGCUUCUCGUUGGAGCCCCAAUGUACAUGGGAAAAGAGAAACAGGAACAAGGCAAAGUGUACGUGUAUGCUGUGAAUCAGACAAGGUUUGAAUAUCAAAUGAGCCUGGAACCAAUUAAGCAGACAUGCUGUUCAUCUCUGAAGGAUAAUUCAUGCACAAAAGAAAACAAGAAUGAGCCCUGUGGGGCCCGUUUUGGAACAGCAAUUGCUGCUGUAAAAGACCUCAACGUGGAUGGAUUUAAUGAUGUUGUGGUUGGAGCUCCGCUGGAGGAUGACCACGCAGGAGCUGUGUACAUCUAUCAUGGCGGUGGCAAGACCAUAAGGAAGGAGUACGCACAACGUAUUGCAUCAGGUGGGGAUGGCAAGACACUGAAAUUUUUUGGCCAGUCUAUCCACGGUGAGAUGGAUUUAAAUGGCGAUGGUUUGACUGACGUGACCAUUGGUGGCCUUGGUGGAGCUGCCCUCUUCUGGGCCAGAGACGUGGCUGUGGUUAAAGUGACCAUGAACUUUGAACCCAACAAAGUGAAUAUUCAAAAGAAAAACUGCCGUGUGGAGGGAAAAGAAACAGUAUGCAUAAAUGCUACAAUAUGUUUUCAUGUGAAAUUAAAAUCUAAAGAAGACUCAAUUUAUGAGGCUGACCUGCAGUACCGUGUCACCCUUGAUUCGCUGAGGCAGAUAUCAAGGAGUUUUUUCUCUGGGACUCAGGAAAGAAGGAUCCAAAGAAACGUCACAGUUCGAGAGUCAGAAUGCACCAGGCAUUCCUUCUACAUGUUGGAUAAGCAUGACUUUCAGGACUCUGUGAGAGUGACUUUGGAUUUUAAUCUCACUGAUCCAGAAAACGGGCCCGUGCUUGACGAUGCUCUGCCAAACUCAGUUCAUGAACAUAUCCCUUUUGCCAAAGACUGUGGAAACAAGGAAAAAUGCAUCUCAGACCUCACACUGGAUGUAUCCACCACAGAAAAGAGCCUGCUGAUUGUCAGGUCCCAGAAUGACAAGUUCAAUGUCAGCCUCACCGUGAGAAACAAAAGAGACAGUGCCUAUAACACCAGGACAAUAGUGCAGUAUUCUCCAAAUCUGAUUUUUUCAGGAAUUGAGGGGAUCCAGAAAGAUAGUUGUGAAUCCAAUCUAAAUAUCACGUGUAGAGUCGGAUACCCUUUCCUGAAGACAGGAGAAACGGUUACCUUCAAAAUAAUAUUCCAGUUUAAUACAUCAUAUCUCACAGAAAAUGCAAUCAUUCAUUUAAGUGCAACAAGCGACAGUGAAGAGCCACUGGAAUCCCUGUAUGAUAACGAAGCAAAUAUUUCCAUCCCAGUAAAAUAUGAAGUCGGACUACAGUUUUACAGUUCUGCAAGUGAACACCACAUUUCAAUUGCUGCCAACGAGACUAUCCCUGAGCUUAUUAAUUCCACCGAUGACAUUGGCAAUGAAAUUAAUGUCUUCUACAUGAUUAGAAAAAGAGGACAUUUCCCAAUGCCAGGACUUCGGCUAUCAAUUUCCUUCCCCAAUUUGACCUCAGAUGGUUAUCCUGUACUGUACCCAACUGGAUGGGCAUCUUCUGAUAAUGUGAACUGCAAACCCCAGAGCCUGGAGGAUCCUUUUGGUAUCAACUCUGGGAAGAAAACGACGAUUUCGAAGUCUGAGGAUCUCAAAAGAGGAACAAUCCAGGAUUGCAGUACCUGCAAAUUUGCCACCCUCACAUGUAAUCUCGUUCCUUCUGACGUGAGUCAAGUGAAUGUUUCACUCAUCUUGUGGAAACCGACUUUCAUAAAAGCACAUUUUUCCAGCUUAAAUCUCACUAUAAGGGGAGAACUUCAGAGUGAGAACUCGUCGCUGAUUUUAAGUAGCAGCAACCAGAAACGAGAGCUGGCUGUUCAAGUGUCCAAAGACGGGCUCCCAGGCAGAGUGCCACUGUGGGUCAUCCUCCUGAGCGCGUUCGCGGGUCUGCUGCUGUUAAUGCUGCUCAUCUUAGCGCUGUGGAAGAUUGGAUUCUUCAAAAGGCCACUAAAAAAGAAAAUGGAGAAAUGAAAUAUUUUACAGGAGAAAAAAACAAACAAACAAUUAUUCAAUGAUCUAUCCUCAGGUUUGCCUCAAUCAUGUGAGAAGAAAUUCAGAAAAUUAACCAAAGACAUGAUCACAUAACUCUAUGUAAUCUGUCAUCCAUCUGGGAUUUACUCACUGGGAAAGUGACAAUCAAGUGUGAUCCAAAAAGUGGACCCAAAGAUGUAGUAUAGAAAGUGAUGAGAAAUAUUUUUAAUACUUACUCAUUUUUGUUGAGUAAGUGAAAUGACAAAUUUUUUUAAAGAAGAAUCAUCGACAUAAGUGUGUUUAUGUGUUUAAAUGCCAUACAGAGUAUUUUUUUAAUUUUUAUUUUUUUCUUCACAAUUUAUUCAUUAUAUAUCCUGAUUGCAGCCCCCUCCCCCAGUCCCACACUCCCUCUUUCUUCCCCUCAUCCCCUGACCAUGCAUGGAUAGGACCUAGACCCCCUGCUCAGAUGUGGCCAAUGGGCAGCUCAGUCUCCAUGUGGAUCUCUGAGUGAGGGGAUCAGGAGCUGCCUCUAUCAUGAACUCAGUUGACUGCUCUCUGAUCACUCACCCCUGGCGAUGCAGCCUUGCCAUGCAGCAUAUUUUAAGGGAUGUACAAGAAGAGCUUUGGGGUCACUGAAACAGCAACUCUCAGCACAAUAUAAAUGAAGCUUUUCCCCUUGGCCACACCUUCAGAGUGACACUCAGCUUUUGUAAAUGCCAACGAAGGACUGGAGUGAAAAAGAUCCCCCAAUCCAAAUGAGAAAAACUUUGCUUAGCAGAGCCCAUGUACAAUAUGGACAGAAAAUGAAAUUAAAUCAUAGAGUUGACAUUCAGUAACAUCUUGGGUUCUUUAGUUGGAGAGAAUGUUUUCCAACGUGAUUGGAAAAUAGUACAAUUGGGCUUAAAUUCUAUGUAAGAUAGAGAGAGAUGUAAGGUCAAGAUAGAGACCUUAUUUAAAAAACAUGCACUGAAUCUAUUAAUUUAAACUUUUACAAAAAGUAAAAGUGUUUAAUAUAUACUGAGCUCUAAAACACAAAACUCUUUUAUAAAGAAAAAAAUAACACUUAAAGCAGUUUGUGUAGCAUAGCAGUUCUUAGUCAUAAAGAGCCACACUAUGUGUGUGAUGUCCAGAGGGUUUCUUAAUGAAACUGAGAGGACAGAUAGAUGACCCAAAAAGGCUGACGUCACCUUUGCUGAGCGGCUGCUUAGUGCUAAUGCUUCCAAGAUGUUAUAUUAAGUAGGAGGCUUCUUAACCCUUUGGUAUAGGGUUCAUUUAAAACCCCAAAAUAUGAGUGUUUAUUUAUUUUUAAUUCUUAAUUUUCCAAACACAUUUUAUGUUAGUAUUGAAAAUGCAGUCUCUUGAGUUGGCAUUUAAACAGAAACCCAGGUAAUUUUAAAAAAUGCACACCUUGAAAGCUUAAACUAACAGAAAGACACAGCUCAUUUGCAUGUACAUCUGUGUUUCUGAAGCAAUUCCCAAGGUCCUCAGACUCUGCUGUGAUGUCAGCUCCCGGAUUGCUCCAUUUCUAAGACAAAUAACAGUGAAUGAAUGUUCCAUGUGCGAACUACUGCUGUAAAAUUUGCUGGCCGUCCUGCCCCAAAGCUGCUUCACCACCUGACUGACCACCAUGAGUCCAGAACCUGUCAAUAUGAAGAAAGAGCUGGCCUCUGCUCUCCUCAAAGCACAGCAAGCCAACAGAGAAAUUAAAUGCUGUGGGUUUGAUUUUCAAAAUGGUAUUUCUGGGGAAUUAUCUUAGGGCUCUGAUACAGCCUACCUCUUAGCUCUCCAACCUUACGUGUAAGAUCCUAAGGCCUAACAGACGGACACGAGGAUGCCACUGUCAUCCCUGGCUGGAGGAAGUGUUGACAGAAAAUUUGAAGAAAAAAGGUGUGUUUUCCAUGCUCACUGCCUCUUGCCAGAGUCAGAAGUCAUACUUUCCUCCUGCUCUUUUUCCCCCAGCAGAACUCAGAUGUUUCUUGCUUCAUUACCAUGGUGUCCAACUCCAGCACACAUGUACCCAGCAUCCCUGCUCCUAGCUCCAUGCCUUUGGAAAUGAAAUUCAACUGAUGCAUUUAGAUUCAUGUUUGACAUCUGGGACGGCAAGGCAUUGAACUUUGUACACUGAGCCCUAGGUGGGCAUAUUUAAACUAAAUGGGUUGUUAAGCCAAAGGAGAGAAGCAGAAAUGAGGACAUUUUCAACUUUUAAGAAAAGAGGGAAAGAACCGUUUGGACAGAUAAAAUGGUGCCAAAGCCACUUGCCUACCGGUUCUAACAUAAGAUAUUCCUGGCUAGUAGUAACUAUUUAAGGAACCAGAUAACUCAUUUCUCUAUUACCGUAACUGAGUCUGCAUAUGUAUAAUUAUGUGCACACACAUACAGAUACCAUUUCAACAUGGAACAAGAAUAUGCAAAGACAGAAUUUACAAAAAGAAAAAGCAAAAAAAAAGAAGCACACAAAAGCCACACCAGUGAUGAAAGUUUGUUUCCUUUGCUUUUUUAUACAGUAUUCACUUUCAUUAAUAUUUAAGUUUGUUAUUUCAUAAAGUAAAAAUAUAAAUACAGAGGCUUUGGUUUUAAAAAUGAUAACAGAUGUCCAAAAUUAGCUUUAUGGAAUUAUUCCAGAACAUAUAAAUAAUUAAGAAAUGUACUUAACUCUAUGAUGUUAUUUUAAGACAAUAAGAAUAUUGGGUGAUGUUUAAGACUAUUUAUGAACUUACAGCUUUAACUAAAAUCACCAAAUAUUUUGUAACUUUGAUUUUUUUUAAAGCACUGCUGCUUCCACUAUGAACUGAACUCUGCGUGCAUUGUCUUUCCUGAGUAAACAUGCCAUGGAACACAAGUAAAUUACUCAACAACUUGUUCUUCAAGAGGAAAAGUGCCCCAGUAUCGAACUUCUGGGGCUUUAUUGUUUCCAUAGCCACUUUCAUAUGACUAACUUGACCCAAUUCGUCUUGCAGAAUUCCUAGAAAUGUGUGUCAGGUCUUACUAGGUAGUUUGGGACACUAUAGCCCACAACUGGCAUAAACUACAUACUACAUCAUAGAAAAAUGAAUGGAUAGAGAUGCAGGCCAAUGUUCAGAGUCUAUGCACACCUAACAAAUGCUCUAAUCAAACUUCAAGUUACUGCUCGUCUCCAUCCCAGAAGGUAGACUGCUCCAAAUUACUUACUCUUUACCUUUGACUGCUAAUUAACCAUCCUUUAAUAUGAACAAAGUAAUAUGAACUUGCAGAAAGAUUGAAUGCAAAGCAAGAAAAUACAGAGGGUGUCUCUCACCGAGAACCGGAGCUACUCAGGACACACAAGGAAACUGUCCCACUUUCUCAAGGAACUCUCAGGCCUGAAAGUGACAUGAGGGAAGAUCUUCUCUGACAAAUAUUUCCGACUUUUGUGAUUAAAUUUUGAUGAUGCAAUUUGUUAAAGUGUUUUUCUCUGAGCAUUAGGAUCAUGGGCAACUUAGACCCUAAAUAUUUCUUUUGUCAUAACUAUACUUGAAAAGAGCUUCUAGAAAGAUGGUUUUAUCAAAUUUGAUACUUACACAGCCAGAAUAAUUAUAUACAUAUAACAUGCAUAUAAUAUAAAAAGUCAUCUACUUUUUCUUUCAUAAACCAAGGUCUAGGCUCAAUUAGAAAGCAGAAAUAUUUGUACAAAAAGAAAAAAAGUUUGUGUUACAGUAGGACUUCAUUGCAGUAGAGGCUGUAUGGAAAGCCCUGAUUUUACUCUAAGUAGGGCCAUAGCUAACACCCUGACUGACGGUAACUUCUUUGUUGGGAUCACCAUCAAUUCCAUAUGAACUUUUUAUUCUGUUCUGAACAAUGGCGCAAACUAGAGAGUACCCAGGCCCAGAGCUGGUCUCAUGUCCCAGGCCCAGGCUCAUGUACCAGGUGAACGUUAUCAUCCAAAUAAAGUGGCUUCUGGAAAAUAGGUUGUUCAAAAUGGCGUUUUGUGCAGGCUUCAUUUAUUUCCCAAACCUCUCAAGCACCCUUCUCCCCAUCAGUCUUCCCAAGUGAAGGUUUCAGGAAGAUACUUUGGUAGCCUAUUAAGAACAGAUAUGCUGCUUUUGCUGUGAAUGCCAACUUCAGUGAAUGGAUCAUUCAUUCAGGUUUUCCAAUCCAAUUUCCUUAAUGAUACUUCGAAGGGUUGGCAUGGCAUCAUUUGGUAAGAUGUACUUAUAAGAUGCAGCAUCCUUCCUUGUAAGUUUACAACCAUAUGGGCCACUGUUCUCCAUGGCUCCAUAAGAGAAACUGGAGGUAUUAGGACUUUAGCAACUGUCCUUAUGUAUUUUACAAUUCCCAUCCUCACCCAAGGAAAAUUUCCAAAAACUGAACAAAAGGUUUUCUUUGAGCUGAUGCUGCUUUAAAAAUGUAGUAAGCAAAUUACUUGCAUAUAAAAAAGACUUUAAAUGCAGACACAACUUAAAAGUGAGUACCCUGGGCUCUAACUUCCAACUGGACAGUGGCCCCCAAGCUCCUUCUAUCCAGAAUCCUGAAAGCAGCACUGCCCAUUAACUCUGUACUGUUAAAAAAGGCUGGAUGUGGCCCAGGGGUUGAGUGCACAGUGAAGUCAUGCAAGGCCUUGGGUUUGAGUUCUAACACCACCACAUAAGGGGAAACGGGGAAAGGGUAUGAUCAUGCCACCAUUUCUCAAAUGGAAGUAGUGGCUGUACAAUACCACUAAAAAGAAUAAACACAUAAAUUUUUAAAAAACACCAAAAAAAAAAAAAAAGCAAUGGCAUUAAACUACAACAUUAGUUUGUGAGCUAAUCUGUGUCUUCCAUUUUCAUAUCAAAAAUUUACCUCAAAUUUAGAAAUUCGGGGCAAAAGAUUUAACCACCAGCUUUGAGUAGAAUACAGAGUAUCAUGCGGGGUCAGGCAAGUCCCAACCCUAACCUUCCUAAAACAUCUGCCCUGGAGAGUACACAGCUCCUGACCUAUGGAUAGUAUUAUGACAUAACAAAGGGCCCCAGCUUAAAUCCAGAGCCUCUACUCUUCCUACAGCCAAGGCUUUGCUCCCCACCCCAGUGACACUGAAGGAGCACUUCUCGGUGAAAUCUUCCUGCAGCAUAGUUGUGCAAGGCUGAGUCUCAUUUAUCACUGUUGGUUUUGAGAGCAGCUUUGUUCGUUUAGAUUGUUGCUUGCAUGCUGCAGAACUUUCCCCCAGUAUGUAAUAAGUCGGAGACUUGCUACAUUCCAUCCUUGCUUUUUCUGCUCCCACAGACCUCAGGAUUUAAAUGGUAGAAGGUGGACACCAGGAGAAAGAGUCUGCAGCCAUCCUCAGCAUUCCUUUUCCUCCUCAGCCCGCAGAUGCCAUGUGCCCCUUGUAGGGACUUGGCGAGUGUCAUGUUGUAUUGUGCGAACAAAGACUCAUAAAUUUCUUAUGUAUCUCAGUAGAGGAAUCAUGGCUAUAAAGCUGGGGCCAAAGACACUCAGCGCGGUGACCAUAUUUGGUGUUUGUGUGCUUCAAGGUACACACUUAAAGAAAGGAGUGGAGUUUAGAGACUUUUCUGCCACCGUUUGAGGCUGAAUAGCUGACCUUUCACUUGUUGGAUUUAUACCUACAAACCGAGGAUAAAAAUCUUAAGAGAACUUUUUCAAACGAAAUCAGAAUGAAACCCCGCUGGGUUCAUAAACAAUCCCCAGUACUGUCAUCUGUCCCUAUGCCUAUAUUUUCAGAGCCAGAGAGAGAUGGGGUGAGAGACAGAAAGCAAAUAUUGUUUCUCCUUUUUUCCAUAGAGCAGCCACAGGGAAGGACGCCAUGACAGGCUGAUCGUGUCAUGGGACAACUUAGACUUUGAAAAGAACAAAAGAAAUGGGGGUAGAUGAGGACAUGGCACUACCCAACCAUGAAGAUGGCCAAAGCUUUCUGAGAUUCCAUGUAUUCUACCCCACAGCACUCACAAAUAUACUUGUCACUAUGAGAGCAAAAGUACACUCCUACUUAUACCCCAGGCUGACUUUCUGGGGUUAACACCCCUCAGACUUACCUGGAAACCGUUGUCUGCAACACCAGUUUGGGAGAUUCUUCAUUCGGGAACCGCGUCAUGCAGGAGAUCCUGGCUAUUAGCAUUUCGGUCCCAGGCACCAGCUGCCCUCCCUCAGGAAGCAGCGGCCCUGGCUGCAGGGUUAGGAAACACUGGCCUGUGGAUGGUGUGCUGUGCUGUGCUACUGUGAAGCAGUUAAGACCGUUAAUACACGGCAUGUACUGUGUACCCAUUUUAUUAAAAAGAAGCACAUGGCACUUAGUAACUACUGUUCCGGGGCACACACUUCCAGUGCACCUUUCCCCGCUGCCUAACUCGCCCUAUGAGGUUUGCUCAUUUUGCUAACUUACCUCGAACUGAACUCAUCAAAGGGAUUACUUAAGAAUAUGUGCAUAGCCUUAUUAGAAAACGAUUAGGUGAACAAAGAACAAAGAAGCACAUCUUUUUUUUUUUUCCAUAGAAAUUUGUGGAAUUUGCUUCAAGGUGACAGUCAUUUAGGGCGUAUAAUUAGAAUUAGCUGCGUGUGUGAAAGAGCAUUUUGAAUGUGCCAUCUAUGGCGUAUCCUGUACACUGUUCUGAGGUCAAAGGUUUGAUAUUUUUGUAUAAUUCUAUCUUAUCUUGUGCAUCAGCUGUGUAAUUUACGUCAAGGUAAAUGAGCAUCCUGUUUUAGGUCUAAAAUAAAAAAAGUGACUCAAAGAAGAA